AUGGCGGUUUUUGGAUUUUGUUUGGGUUCUGUUUACAAAGUUGGUGAUUCUGCUGGCUGGACUAUCAUUGGAAAUGUUGAUUAUAAUACAUGGGCUUCUUCUAAGACCUUUCAAAUCGGCGACACUCUCAUUUUCAAUUACGAUGCUAAAUUUCACAAUGUGCUGCAAGUUACCCUCCCGGAUUUCCACUCUUGCAACUCUUCUUCGCCUAUGGCCACCUACUCGACUGGCAAUGACUCGAUAACUAUCACGAGCCCCGGCCACUACUACUAUACAUGUGGCUUUGUUGGCCACUGCGAGGCAGGACAGAAGCUCGAUAUAAGAGUGCUCAAGUCUCUUCAGCCAACUGCAAUGCCAGUUUCAAGCCCAAUUCGAGCUCCUCCUAGCCACACAGCAGUACCUGAGACCUCUCCAAGUGGGUCAGUUACACCCAGCCCAUCGCAUAAUAGAGCAGAGUCUCUCCUGCCCUUCAAGUUUUGUAGCAAGAUUGUGUUGUGUUUGUUUGUUUGUUUCUGGGCUUUAUAUUAA